UGCUGUGGUCAUAUGAUCACACAAACAUGGCGGUGGUUAGCGGUGACCGGCGGCUCACCGUCGUAGUUUUACUAGCGUUUACUAUAUAUUCUUCGGUGCUUAGCGCGAAUGUCGAAGUUCCAGCCUACAUUUGGGGUUCCGAAAGUGGCUUGAAGAAAAUCCCGCAAGUGGGUUCAUUCGACAAGGUUGAGCCAUCUACUUUCGGAAACUCAGUGGCUAAGCUUGUGGCCCAAGAAAAUGCUGUGGUCGUGGCGUUUGUGCAGGACAAGCUUAGCGCAGAAGACCUCUCCAGGGCAUCCAGUGAUGACAGAAGCUACAAAUACUUAAAGGAUGCCUUUGGCAAGGAGCACGUGCUUGUGUUGCCCUCUGUGGAGAACCCCGUUGAUGCGCUGACAUCGCACGGUGGCCUCGUGGUGACGCGCCUCAACAUUCCCGACGUUGGAGCGGUGCAGUCCGCCCUGGACAGCCUGCACGACGGCAGCCAAGUGUUGCUGGUGGACCUGCCUCGCACCGUCGGCGUUGAGAGCCGGUUAUCGGCACUCCAGCAGGCCGAUACCAUCAUGGAGGCCACCAUGCAAGCCCUGUCAUCAGGAGGCAAGAAGUUGUUUGGCUUGUACACAGGCCGAGAUUUGGCAUCGCCAAUGGUGGAGGCUGCUCAUUUGACGCGCUCCCGGCGCCAUCUGCUGGCCGUGCCCGAGGCAGCGCCGUCCAACGAGACUUCGGGUGUGAUCAUGGUGCGCAAGGACUGCAUGCUCAUGUACGGCCGCACGGUCACCGUCUCCUUCACCGAGGAUCCCAAGGCAACGACGUUCAACUCGGUCACCUACAACGACACGCUGAACCCCAUGCCUGUGCCUCAGUGCAGCUCGGACAGCCAGCAUGCCAACAUCACUUUGAAGUUCCCUGAUGCUGGACUUGUUAAGGGCUUCAGCAUCUCGAUGGUGUUCAAGUAUGAUGAACGGGGUGGCUAUGCCCUGACCGCGAUGAAUGCCACCCUGAAGGACUACAAGGACCUGCAGAUGCGUGUCAAGGACCUGUGGUGGCCUCGAGGCUUCUCCUUUUCCUGCUCCCUCUCGCAAUUCAGGCAGCACAAUGCCACCAAGCUGCCUCAGCUGCAGCUGCAAAUGGACACCUUCCAAGUCCAGCUCGUCCAGAAUAACACGGGCCAGUUCUCAGAGAGCUAUGACUGUUCGGGCUUCUUCACCACGGUCAUAUGGAUGGGCCUGCUGGUUGUGCUGCUCUACCUUGUCAUUCUGGGCACGGGUGUCUUCUUCAUCUACGACAUCCGCACAAACGACCGCUUCGACGACCCCAAGGGCAAGACGAUCACCGUCACGGCCUCCGAUUGAUCCCUUCGACAUCUCGUCUUUCCGUUGAGGUCCCUUCUUGCUGCUGUUAGUGAUCGUCAUAAGGACACCAUAGCAAUGUUCUGCGUGGAACAUGUUCCCGUUAUAUAAGUAACUUCUGGGUCAUUGUUAAUGUGGUAUCAGAAGUCAGUGAUCUGCUUUUUCUUAAUGAUGUUUUUUGAUGCUCUUGAGGCUUGCAGUGAAUGCUGAGGACAGACUUUAAGCAGACAGUGAAAAUUUCAUCUCUUGACAAUGUUCAGAAUGUUGCAACCAGAAUAUUGCAGCCAGACGCGUUCAUUGCUUUGUGUCUGGAUGUUCUCCCUUUUGCCAAUUCUGUUCAGUAGCUAUCGCCAGUCUACACUGGACCGUUGCCUAAUGACCCUUCGUGUUACACAGAUUCAGUGCAUGGCAGUUCCUGUUGUGUGUAUGUUCCAUGUUACACUGCCAAGCGCUUUAAUGGUAAUAUCAGCUGAAAUACUAUAUACACAUCAUCGUCGUGAAGAGUUGUUUCACUAUAUUUGUUCUUAGCAAGGAAUUGGUGAACGUUUAUUUUGAAGUUGAGUAAAUGGGUUUUGCGAGCCUUUGAAGAAUUUUUUGACCAACUUAAUUUGAGGAGCCUGUAAAAACAGCUAUGAGAGGUGGUUGAAAGAGCAGAGCACAGCAGUUUACUUGUAUAUAGUACAUAGCGAUAUAUUUCCUUGUGAAUAUCGUUUUUUUUUUUCUUUUUCUGUCUUACUGCAGCAUUGUAGAUAGUGUGUGGCCACUUGGAAUUCAAUUUUCAGGCCUACUUAGACAAAAAACUUUUCUUUGUUAUUUUUCCUGAUGUCAAAACAAAACGUGAAUGUCUUUAUGAAUGAUAGUUAUGUGCAUGUUAUUUUGCCGACACAUUUGCGGGGCACAAAUGUCUGCAGACGUGGAGUUGUCUGGUAUAAUUGUGUACAGCGCGAGCAAAAUUAAUUCAUAUAAAUGUGCUUUUAACGCGUGUGUAUGGCACAGUCGUGCAUGCCUGGCAGCCUGUGUGCUUUUGGUCCGGUCGGUCGAACACGCAAGGUGCUGCCCGAACUUCCACUGUGGUUGUCAAGUGACGGAUAAGCAUCUGCCGAGAUUCAAAGCAUGUCAGAUGGGAAUUCACCUUUUCGCUUAUAGUUCCAGUGCACGACCAGGGUUGGUACCACUUCACACGCUGAAAUUUUUUUUCAUUACGCGAUCACUACUACAAAGAAAUGCAGGUUGUGCACGGGUUCCUGUAGGAGCUCUAACCCUGCAUGAAGUGGCUCGCACAUUUUUCGCAAAUGGUGCACUUUAGCAAUUGUUCUAAGUAUGCUGCUGCAGUGAACACGCCCGGUUCCUAUGUCAUGAACAACAUCCAAAAUCCAGUCAAAGUGUGGCACAUAUUAGUUAAAAAUGUUCGACCAGACUCGACCAAGCUGGCAUUCUUUAUCUAGCAACUUCACAAGUGUUGUCUCCCUGUACAGUACGCCUCGUGCAACGUGUCGUGUGAUGCCAAGCUGUUCAUGCCUAGUCAUACGCAGCGAGCACAAGUGAUUCUCAAGUCUUCAAGAAAAGCAGCGCAUCCUGUGCAGUGGAGUAGCGCAAGGCUUAAGAAAUCCUGUCUCUCCAUUCCUUGUUAGAGUGCAGCGUGGCAUGUCGUGGUCGUACCUUGAUUUAAAAUUGUGUAAUUUAUUCUAGUAUACACCUUUUAUGUGCCACUUGUUUUUGUUAAUCAAGAAUAAAGCACUUUUUUUUUCAUAA